AUUUAUUGCUGACAUUCUUCCGGACCCGAACCUCUCGUUCGUGUUUCCCGGGUUUAUCUAUAUUUUGAUUGUCUGUAAACAGUGCAGAGAGAACUGUAAAUAAUCCUUCUAGUUCCGUGUAGAACUUUGCUCAAUAAACGGGCUCCAGACAUUUCCAGAUCCCAACAAGGAAACACCGAUUUUUGCUCUGUUCCUGAAAUUAUUGGCCAAAACAUAAAAAAAGAUAGUACUAAAAAGUUUGGUCCAAUUGUAAUCCAAUCUUUUUUUGUUUUGAUGGGCAUUCAUUAUUCCAUUUCUCAAUGGCCGGUGUGGACGACUCUGUGAGUGUUACCGUCGCUCGUCUACCCCUCACUGGCCUUCACCUCCUCCUCAUCUUUCUUCAUACCCUCUUAUAGCGCCCCUUUGAAGAAUCCCUUCUGGGUCGCUUGCAUUUUGAUCUGUUCUUGUUUCGGUUUGGUAGGUGAUAAAGUCGGAAAUCGGCAGAUUUUCGAUUGGUUUGGUUUCGGAUCGUUUGAAUAAUCAAGAAAUCUCAGUCUCUUUGGAAGAUUUCGACCAAAGAGCAAAGACCCAGUUUUUUUGGGGUCCGUUGUCAGGAGGGAAAUUAUCAAGCUCUUAUCCAAUCUUGUUAUUUCUUGAUUAAUCAUUGGUUGAUUGGCAGCUGAAAUAAUUCAGGAACUCAGAUUGGGAGAUCUCUCCACGUGCAAUUCAGUGGAGUUGAUUUUUCAUCCUCGUCAUUGAAUCAGAAGUCACCAUACAUUACCUUUUAUUGAAGAAAUUCAGACCUCAAAUUCGGCUCCCUCGUAUAUUUGGGAGAAAUCUGAGGAAGGAGAUUUGUAUUCUUCAUUGAUAUCGGGCAUAAAGGAUCUAUCUUGGUGUUUCAGCAAAGAAAAUGGCUUCAGUUUUCUUGUACCAUGUGGUAGGGGAUCUGACUGUAGGGAAGCCAGAACUGGUGGAAUUUGCUGAGACGGACACGGUGGAGGCUGCAAUUCAGGCCAUCGGAGAGUCUACGGAAGGCGGAAUAACCGUGUGGAAGAAGAGAUCACCGAAGAGUGUGAUGGAGAAUGCCGAAAUGAGGCAGCAGAGGUUUGUUGGCAUUCUUAAUUCCCUUGACAUUAUUGCAUUCUUGGCCAAAAGUGAGUGCUUGGCUGAUCAAGAUAAGGCCCUAAAGACCCCAGUUUCGGAGGUGGUUGUUCCCAACUCUUCCUUGUUAAAGGAGGUUGAUCCAGCAACGAGGUUGAUAGAUGCACUAGAGAUGAUGAAGCAAGGUGUUAAGCGGCUCCUUGUUCCUAAAAGCAUUGGAUGGAGAGGCGUAAGUAAAAGAUUUUCUGUUCUUUAUCACGGAAAGUGGCUGAGGAAUAUUGAUAGUUUUUCCAACUCUUCAGCCAUCAUGAAUCGUCCUUCAUCUUCGACUGCCAUCAUUCGAGAUAAGUUCUGUUGUUUGUCUAGAGAAGAUGUGAUUCGUUUCCUUAUUGGGUGCCUUGGUGCCUUAGCUCCUCUCCCCCUGACUUCCAUUUCGUCGUUAGGAGCGAUAAACCCACACUAUAGUUGCAUCGAAGCAUCCUUACCUGCUAUUGAUGCCACCCGUAAGAUUCCUCACGAUCCAAGUGCAGUUGCUGUUGUUGAGUCCACAUCUGAUGGUCGUAAUAUCAUCAUCGGUGAUAUCUCUUCUUACAAACUGUGGAGAUGCGACUAUUUAGCGGCUGCCUGGGCGCUGGCCAAUCUCUCUGCAGGCCAGUUUGUUAUGGGGGUUGAAGAUAAUGUGACCUCAAGGUCAGUGCCAGAUCUGUCAGCCAGUUCUUUGGCUAGAGAUGUAAAUGUAGCUAACAAUGGCGGCUCGACUAGGCUGAAAAAAUUCAGUAGUAGAAAUAUUGGGUUCUUUAGCAACAGCACAAGCGCAAACCUUGGAGCUUCUAGGAGUAUGUUCCGGGGUAGAAGUGCUCCGCUGACAUGUAAAAGCACAUCAACACUAGCGGCCGUGAUGGCGCAGAUGUUAUCUCACCGGGCAACACAUGUCUGGGUCACCGAGGCCGAAAAUGAGGACAACCUAGUUGGGGUAGUGAGUUAUGCAGACAUAUUAACUGCAGUGACAAAACAAUCUCCCGCGCCUGUUGUUGAAUCCCAGACAUCUUAAUGGUACUGUAAGUUGUUUUGAUGCAAAAGUAUUCCUCUUAGCUUGAACUUGUAAAUUGUAAUUGGGUUUAUACUUUGUAAAUGAUGUUUUUGCGGUGAGCUUCCCUUGGGUGUUGUUAUAGAGCUUUUCAGCUGUGUGUGUAUUCAUGUUUUACAGAAGCGUUGUAUCAAUCAUCUGUGAGAUUCUUUUGUACUAGACUGAAUACUAUAAUCAAAGUUCUCUCAAUUAGUAUACUACAUAUACAUAUAUAUAUAUAUAUAUAUAUUUGUAUUACAUAUUUGGUGUUCAAGAUCAUUAUGCGGAGA